AUGAUGAACUCAACUGUCAUCAAUGGCAGCAAAGCUAAUAGCGUAAACAAAAGAAGCCUACCAGUAAAUGCCCAGCAUUCCGUUCUUGAAGCUCUAUUUGGAGAAACCACAGCGAAGAAGCGCCGAACCGUUAUUUCUUCUUCUUCUGAUUCUGCUGCUUAUUCUUCUUCUUCUGGUUCUGGUUCUGGUUCUUCUUAUUCUGAUUCUGCUUCGUCCUCUUCGCCUUCUGCUUCUUCUUCUUCCCCUUCCUUCUCCUCUUCACCUUCUCCUUCAAUCUCCGCAUAUUUGGCAGGGAAGAUUGAUACGGCUGCAAUGUUCUUCUCAGUUAUAGCGAUCUCAGGAGGCACGAGCCUCGAUGCAUCUAUACUCCAUGUUCGUGUCCUUUGGGAGCUUGUAAAUUUCUUGGGUUUCGUGUUCUUUGGGAGCUUGUAA